GCUUGCUUUAGCAGUAGUCGCCAAGAGAAUUGACAAGCACGGCUCUGAAGAAAAAUGAUCAAGCCUUUCCAAAAGAAUUUUGACCACCAGCGCCUAUGACGUCUUUUCCCGUUCUGAACACGAGAUCUAAAAUGAACCUGCUUGCAGAGAAAUUAAUGGGCUCUGCUGAAGAUCAGGUGGACAAGAUUUUAAAUGGCGAGGCGAUCCAGGUAUCCGGCUUUGAUUCAUCUCCUGAAACGGUUCGAUCAGUCGCUAUAAGGAAAAAUGUCUGCUAUAUUGUCAGCGCAGUCAUCUUUAAUGAUAAGAAUGAGGUCCUGAUGAUGCAGGAGGCAAAGAGAGACUGCUAUAAGAUGUGGUAUCUACCGGCCGGAAGAAUGGAAGAGAACGAGACCAUUGUAGAGGGGAUGAGGAGAGAGGUGAAGGAAGAGACUGGACUGGAGUGCGACCCUGUCACCCUUCUGCUCGUCGAGGAAAGCGGUCCUAGUUGGAUCAGAUUUACAUUUCUUGCAGAGGUGACAGGUGGCAGUAUAAAGACUACAGCAGAAGCUGACUCAGAAUCCCUUCAGGCUCAGUGGUGGGACAGAGUUUCUCCCCUUCCUCUGAGAGCCAAGGACAUCCUUCCUCUGAUUGAGGCUGGCGUUAAGUAUAAAGAGAGCCCUUGGUUUCCCCACACCCUGCCUGUGGAACUACCAUGCUCAGUCAUCUGCCAAAGAGUCAUGGUAGCAUAUGCUGAGUCCAACAACGACUUGUGGUUGAUGCUUGCCGCUGGGGAACGUGAGCACCUUCCAGUCACAGUAUCUGGUACCCCUCCCUCCGAGAGAUCACAUACGGUCAAAGAAGCUGUUUACAGGCUAGUGAAGGAAUGCAUGCAGCUCUCGCAAGUAAAGAUUAAAACCCUGGGUAUUUUAGGACUGCAGCAUCACGGAAAAAACCCAGGAAACACGGACGGGAUCUGUUUUAAUACACUGCUGUCUAUCGAACACAAUUCUACCAGCGAUGCAAGGGAUGGGCUUCCUCCAGUGUUGAACAAUGACAAGUUCCGCUGGUGGAAGGUAGACAAUGACAGUCUGAAAGACAAGAUCCUGCAAAGACUGGCUUCGCUUUCUGUUGUUCCUAUCCAUGCCUUAUUUUAAAACCGAAAUACUACUGACUCAAGAGAUCAACGGAAGAGAAAACACAGAUACAGCAUGCAAGAACUGAGCACCUAACUUCCAUUAAACUUUGCACUGUACUGUAUGUAAAAAAUGAAGCGAUUUCUACUUAACGAAGAGCUGGGGAACAGGGUUGUUUGCUAGGCUUUGCCUUAUAAUAAUGUAUUGUUAAUAAUCUCAGGUGCGGUUAGGGUUUAGGAGUAAUACUAUGUUUCCAUUGUCCACUGUCACCAUGCUUAGAUGCAUGUUAAAAUCUUACAUGAUAACCUGUGCUAAAGAAGGGACUGUAAAGAUAUUUUACUCACCUUCAUGUUUGAUCCAUGUGUGCUCAUUUAGUCUUUUUGCAUGCAAUUCUCACUAAAGUGAAACCCACUAGUUUGCAGAAUGGAGACUACUACUCACAGUGGAAAUCACAUCCAGAAACUGAACGGAAGCAACACUUUGAAACAGGGUUCCUCCAGUCUGUGUGCUUUUUGCCUGUCUUUUUUUUGUUAUGUGUUAAGAUUUUACCAGUCACAUACGAGGUGGUGGGAUUAAACAUUGUAAACACCUUUAUAAGAUUCUGGAUUACACAAGCAUAUUAAAAGCUUCACCAAACCUUUA